AAGCCGCCUCUUCUCCAUCGUGUUCAUUGAAAAGAGAACCGUUAUAAACAAUGGCAAGAACGAAGCAAACCGCACGUAAGUCUACUGGAGGCAAAGCUCCCAGGAAGCAGCUGGCCACCAAGGCUGCUCGGAAGAGCGCCCCGGCCACGGGCGGCGUCAAGAAGCCUCACCGUUACAGGCCCGGUACCGUGGCUCUCCGAGAGAUCCGUCGCUACCAGAAAUCCACCGAGCUGCUGAUCCGUAAGCUGCCCUUCCAGCGUCUGGUCAGAGAGAUCGCUCAGGACUUCAAGACCGAUCUGCGCUUCCAGAGCUCCGCUGUCAUGGCUCUGCAGGAGGCUAGCGAGGCAUACCUGGUCGGCCUGUUCGAGGACACCAACCUGUGCGCCAUCCACGCCAAGAGAGUCACUAUCAUGCCCAAGGACAUCCAGCUGGCCCGCCGUAUCCGCGGAGAGAGGGCUUUAAAUAUGAGUGGUCGCGGAAAAGGAGGUAAGGGUCUUGGGAAAGGAGGCGCCAAGCGUCACCGUAAAGUCCUCCGUGAUAACAUUCAGGGAAUCACCAAACCCGCCAUCCGCCGUCUAGCUCGUCGUGGUGGUGUCAAGCGUAUCUCUGGUCUCAUCUACGAGGAGACUCGCGGUGUGCUCAAGGUGUUCCUGGAGAACGUGAUCCGUGAUGCCGUCACCUAUACCGAGCACGCUAAGAGGAAAACCGUGACCGCCAUGGAUGUAGUGUACGCUCUGAAAAGACAGGGCCGCACUCUGUACGGCUUCGGAGUCGCACCAGCAGCAGCUCCAGCCGCCGCUCCGGCUAAACCCGCCAAGAAGAAGGCCGCCAAGCCCAAGAGGACUGGUCCCAGCCUCGGGGAGCUCAUCGUCAAGGCUGUGGGCGCAUCCAAGGAGCGCAGUGGCGUUUCAGCAGCCGCCCUGAGGAAGUCUUUGGCUGCCGGAGGCUACGAUGUGGAGAAGAACAAAGCCCGUGUCAGGACUACUCUCAAGAACCUGGUGACCAAGGGGGCCCUAAUCCAAGUCAAGGGGGUCGGGGCCUCCGGCUCCUUCAAACUGGCCAAAAAGGUUGAAACCAAGGCGAAAAAGCCCGCAAAGAAAGCCGCUCCUAAAGCCAAGAAGCCCGCCGCCAAGAAACCUGCAGCGGCCAAGAAGGCGGCUUCCGCUAAGAAGUCUCCGAAGAAGCCCAAGAAGCCAGCGGCCAAGAAGCAGGCUAAGAGCCCAAAGAAGGCCGCCAAGCCCGCUAAGAAGGCCGCCAAGAGCCCCAAGAAGGUUACAAAGCCCAAGGCAAAGAAGGCCGCUGCCCCUAAGAAGGCUGCCGCCAAGAAGGCUGCACCCAAGCCCAAAGCCAAGAAGCAAUCUUAUAAUAAAAGACCGACCCUGCACUUUACUCAUGUGUUUCCCUGGCGUAGCAGAGCGCGUGACAGUUCCUCUCUAACCAAUCAGAGAAGAGGGCGGCCCGCCCGAGUUUUGGCGGACAUUUUGAAAAGACUUUUCUCCAAUAAGCAGCGGAGGUUCAGGCGGUGGGUCGCUGCUUUAGGCGGAGCUGAGCUCCCAGAAAGAGCCCCUAACCAAUCAGGACCCGGAGGUCUAAAGCAGCGUCACCGACUCCACGGCCGGUCCCUCGGUUUAAGAGAAACGAGUCCCUUCUCUUCGCUAUACACUUUUCUCCUGUUCAAAGAAAGGAAAAUGGCAAGAACCAAGCAGACUGCUCGUAAAUCUACUGGAGGCAAAGCCCCCAGGAAGCAGCUGGCCACCAAAGCUGCUCGUAAGAGCGCCCCGGCCACGGGCGGCGUCAAGAAGCCUCACCGUUACAGGCCCGGUACCGUGGCUCUCCGAGAGAUCCGUCGCUACCAGAAAUCUACCGAGCUGUUGAUCCGUAAGCUGCCCUUCCAGCGUCUGGUCAGAGAGAUCGCUCAGGACUUCAAGACCGAUCUGCGCUUCCAGAGCUCCGCUGUCAUGGCUCUGCAGGAGGCCAGCGAGGCUUAUCUGGUUGGCCUGUUCGAGGACACCAACCUGUGCGCCAUCCACGCCAAGAGGGUCACCAUCAUGCCCAAAGACAUCCAGUUGGCCCGCCGUAUCCGCGGAGAGAGGGCUUAAAUUCGCCUGAUACCAAUCAACACAACGGCUCUUUUAAGAGCCACACA